CGGCUUUCGGCUCGGAGUAGGCCAAGGUGCAACUUUCUUCGGUUGUCCCGAAUCCGGGUUCAUCCGACAACAGCCGCCUCCAUCAUGCCGCCGAAGUUCGACCCCAACGAGAUCAAAGUCGUAUACCUGAGGUGCACCGGAGGUGAAGUCGGUGCCACUUCUGCCCUGGCCCCCAAGAUCGGCCCCCUGGGUCUGUCUCCAAAAAAGGUUGGUGAUGACAUUGCCAAGGCAACAGGUGACUGGAAGGGCCUGAGGAUUACAGUGAAACUGACCAUUCAGAACAGACAGGCCCAGAUUGAGGUGGUGCCUUCUGCCUCUGCCCUGAUCAUCAAAGCCCUCAAGGAACCACCAAGAGACAGAAAGAAACAGAAAAACAUUAAACACAGUGGGAAUAUCACUUUUGAUGAGAUCGUCAACAUUGCUCGACAGAUGCGGCACCGAUCCUUAGCCAGAGAACUCUCUGGAACCAUUAAAGAGAUCUUGGGGACUGCCCAGUCUGUGGGCUGUAAUGUUGAUGGCCGCCACCCUCAUGACAUCAUAGAUGACAUCAACAGUGGUGCUGUGGAAUGCCCAGCCAGUUAAGCACAAAGGAAAAUAUUUAAAUAAAGGAUCGUUUGACAACUGGUGG